AUGGGAAAGAUGUACCAGAAGAAACCGCGUGUUCCUCCAAGAGAACAUACCAAUAAACAGGAAAACGAAAUGGACUUAAGGACGAUUAUGAAAGAUGUUGAAAAUUUCAGCAACUCGCAUAUGACAUGGAAAGAGCGCAAAAGGAUUGAAGAUAGGAAGGUUGUUUCCCUUGGUGGGAAGCCUCUCAAGAAUCAGAGAUUACCUUUAAGUGUGGCACGGCCAAUGAUGAAGAAACAAAAGCAGAGAGAAGAAAAAAUGCUCCAAGAGCAUAUGAUUCUAGGACGGUUUGGGGGAAAGUUUGGUGGUAGCAACAGUAAAAAACCAGUUGGAAAACACAAGCCUGAGGACAGGGGUUUGAAGUUAAGUGAAGGUCGUUUUAGAAAUGGUAUACUUGACGUGAAACAUUUGUUGAAGUCAACUCCCACAAGAGGUCAUGACACUGGAAAAAAUAUGUCAAAUACAGGAAAAAGAAAAGGAGGCAACGGGAAACAUGAUAAGAAGGGUGGUGGUAAGAAGUAUGAAAUGUUUUAG